GAUGGACCUGAUAUGGCUGAGAUCCAGAAAUUCAAUAAGUCAAAACUGAAGAAGACAGAAAUGCAAGGGAAAAAUCUACUGCCUUCCAAAGAAAUGAUCGAACAGAAGAAGCAAGCAGGCGAAUCACAAUGA